AUGGCAAGCAUACGGCCUCCUACCCGCUUCCCUCGGGCUCCAGGUGUUGGAAUUCGGACUCCCGUCCAGCGCCUCGCCAGUCUCCGGAAUCCCAAUCCCACCCCAAUCCCCCGCCCACAGAAAACGGCCACCACGUAUCCCAAGCCCCCCACCUGUCCGAACCCAGGCUGUCCCGCCCCCAACAUCGUCGAGGAUGAUGGCAUGAAGGUCUGUUCUGGCUGUGGUACUGUCGUCAGCGAAUCAAACAUCGUCUCCGAAAUCACCUUCGGUGAAUCUGCAUCCGGUGCUGCGAUUGUUCAGGGCACCUUUGUCGGAGCGGAUCAGAGCCAUGGACGCAGCGGAGGACCGGGAUUUCAGCGAGGUGGUGGGAUGGAGAGUAGAGAGAUCACGGAGCAAAAUGGAAAUCGCUAUAUUGCCCAGCUCUCUCGAGCCUUGAAUGUCCCAGAAAGUGCCACCAAGGCGGCUGGUCAGGUUUUCAAGCUUGCAGUGGGAUUAAAUUUCAUCCAAGGUCGUCGUACGAAGACGGUUGCUGCCGUCUGUUUGUACAUCGCCUGUCGACGGCAGGAUGGGAACACAGUAAUGUUGAUUGACUUUGCUGAUGUGCUGAUGAUUAAUGUGUUUAAACUCGGACGUGCAUACAAAGCAUUGCUUGACGAACUACGUCUUGGCGGAAACGUCUUCAUCAUGAACCCCAUCGACCCAGAAAGCUUGAUAUACCGGUUUGCGAAACAGCUCGAAUUCGGUACCUCAAUGAUGCAGGUUGCAAGCGAGGCGGUGCGAAUCGUGCAGCGAAUGAACCGUGACUGGAUGAUUACAGGACGACGUCCGGCAGGUAUCUGUGGUGCGGCUUUGAUCCUAGCAGCCCGCAUGAACAACUUCCGUCGAACCGUUCGGGAGGUCGUGUACGUUGUUAAAGUAACAGAGUUGACAAUCCAUCAACGACUGAAUGAGUUUAAAGCAACGGAAAGCGGUGAACUCACCGUUGACCAAUUCCGCUCCGUCCAGCUGGAGACUGCCCAUGACCCACCUUCCUUCACUCAGGGUAAAUUGAAAGAAGCAACAAAGAGAAAAGCAGCGGCAACCGUUGCAGAAAUGGAAAGUGACGAGGAUGGGAACGACGAAAAUACCCCUGAACCAACGCCUUCGCCCCCGAAACCAAGACAGGUAGAUGCAGACGGCUUCUCCAUACCGGACAUACCCAUCGAUCCCACCCUAUCAGCCAACAAGGAUAAUGCGAACGACAUCUCAGAAUCGAAAGCCAAACGCGGUCGACCAAAAGGCGCCAAAAACUUCCGCCCCCCACCCCCAACUGAAUCCGAACUAGCCUCCGAAUCCGCCCUGGAAUCCGAAAUGCAAGAACUCCUAGGCUCCAACCUCCUCGCCCCCACAACCAACACCACCACAAACAACGCUACCGCAGCCAACCCGCCCAAAACCGUAUCCUCCAGCCCCGACAUUCACGAAAGCGAAUUCGACUCCGACCCCGAAGUAAAGUACUGCCUCCUCUCCCCAGCUGAAGUCGAAAUAAAAGAACGCAUCUGGGUCCAUGAGAAUAAGGACUAUCUGCGCACGCAGCAAGCUAAGGCUCUCAAACGUGCGCUGGCCGAGGAGGAGGAGCUAGUUAAUGGACGGCGCGUAGCUAAUCGACCGCGGAAGAGAAGAAAAGGGAGGAUGGGAGAUGUAGGGUAUUUGGGUGAGGGGAAUGGGGAGGGUGGGGAAGGAGAGGGGGGUGGGACAAGGGCUUCGACUCCAGCGGAGGCGACGAGGAGGAUGUUGGAGAAGAGAGGAUUUAGUAAGAAGAUUAAUUAUCGGUUGUUGGAGGAGAUGUAUGAGGAUGAUGAGACGGGGAAGGUUAAAAGGAGGGAUAGCGAUGGGAGUAGUAGGAUUGGAAUUGGGAUUGGGAUUGGGAUUGGGAAGGAUGGGGAUAGGGAGAGGGGGAGAAGUCGUUCUGGCAGUGUGUUUUCAGAGCGGAGUUUUGCGGGCGGGGUGUCUGUAUCUGGUGUUAGGGGACCGGUGAGAGAGAGGGUUGUUAAGGGCGGGAAGAUGGGUGGUAUUUUUACUGGAACCCCCCAUCAAGCUACGACAGUGAAACCCACUUCUGCAUCGUCAACAUCUGUCUCUGCACGUACAAAACCACAACAAUCCCAAGCACAAGAACCUGCACACCCAACACCGCCACCCACAAACCCCAACGAAGAAAUCCUAGGCUACAUCCCUGGCUACAUCCCUGGCACGGAACUGGAUCAGACCAAUGGAGAAGACGUGGAAGAAGAUUUGGAAGAUGAAGACAUGGACGACGAAGAAGAGGAAGAGGACGAUCAUGUCGACGAGGCGUUUGCUGGGAAUUACUAUGGCGGAGUUAGUGAUGAUGAUUAUUAUGAUGACGGGUAUGAUUAUUAUUAG